UGUUAGGGUUCUUUUCAAUUUUUGGCAUUCACCAUCAAAUCAGCGAUACUGCCAUCGUUUUGAGCUGCGGCCUUGUUGCACCGGAAACACAUGACUGAGGAGCAAAAAAUCAGAUUCCGUGACUCCAUGGAGCUACAGUAUCAAGAGAGUGAGACAGACGAGUCUUCUUCUUCUUAUAGUUCCUCAGAAGACGAGGAGGAGGAGGAGGAGAUAGAGAAGGAGCUGGCUGAUGUAACGUUUGAGGAGUUGCAGAAAGCACGCUCAAAUGGGGCACAUGCAUUUUUGCAGAAACCCAGAGAGGACAAAAAAUUAAAAAGGGCUAACAAGAACAGGCCAAUGGAGGCUAGUUGCAAGAAGCCGGUUUCUGCUUUUAGAGAGGUCAUCCAAGCUCCAAAGAAG